UCACUCUUUUAAUAUUGUUCUUUGAGACACAAAAGAUUUUAGUUUUGAUGAAGUCCAGUUUAUCUCUUUUUCCUUUUGUUAAUUGGGCUUUUGGUGCUGUAUCUAACAAACCACUGUCUAAUCCAAGUUCAUGAAGACAUACUCCUGUUUUCUUCUAACAGUUUCAUAAUUUUAGCUCUUACAUUUAGUUUUUUUUUUUUUUAAUAUGGUGCAAGGUAGGUCCAACAUCAUUCUUUUACUUGUGGAUAUUAAUAUACCUUUUAAAGUGUAAUGAGUAACUUGUAUUUCUUUGCAUUUAGACUAUAAAUUCCAUGAGGGCAGAGACCAAGAUGGUCUUACUAAAUUUUUAAUGAAUAGAUGAAUUAGGUAACCAAAAUAUCAAGUUUCUUUCCUUUUGUCAGAAAUUAUAUAGAGUACAGUACCUGUUUUCAUUGCGAUCUUGGUAGUUAUAAUCCUUCGGCAAUAACAAUUCAGAAACUAGUACACAGAAUGUUAGAGAUGGCAUUCUUUAACAGACUCUGGAGCCAAAUUGAUUUGGAUCAAAUCCUGAUUUUCAUUCAAGAAAUUUGUAACCUUGGGCAGAUUACAUUACCUAGUUCUUAUUCUUUAAAACAGGGAUUUAGUUUCUAUUAACUGUUAAAAGGAUUAAAUAAGACCUUGUAACUACAGUGCUUCAUACAUUGUAAGCAUUUAUCAAAUGGUAGCAGUUAUUUAUUAUUGCAAAGGAGACAUAGUCAUGUUUGGAAAUUUUCUCCCUAGUACGGAUUCCAAGAUUUCUAUAUUCGCUUGUGUAUUGAUAAUUGUUGUAGAACUGAUGUUUGACUCAGAAUGAAAGGCAUACACAAAAACAGAAUUCAGUGUGUUUGUGCAAAUACUCGGGAGUCAGUGUCCUGAGCAACAGAAUUACACCCUUUUGGGUGUAAGAAUUUCGCGGAAAGAGGGUUCUAGGCAUUUUCUAUUUUUUUCAACAUGGCACAUUUCCCAGGUUUGUACGCUAGUUAUUUGAUUGUAUGUCUGUCUCCUCCAUUAGAGUCAGCAUACAAAUGCUGUCUUAAGUCAUCUUUGGCUUUCCAGUACUCAGUGUCAGGCCACAGUUGAAUUGACGCGCCUUGUCCACGGGGGUCCUAAGAGAUUCUGGGGGAAGGGCUGAAGAAGUCGGAAGGGGGAGGGAAGACCUCGGAUCCAUUGCCAAGGAGAGGAAAGCUGCACAGGUGUGCCUGCCCCGAGGGUCGCAGAGCUCCAGACCCAGGCAAGAAAUGUCGAGAUCUUCUUACCGGCUCCAGUCUCUGUAGGGUCACUUCCGGGAGGGGGCGGGGACAAAAGAGAAGGCGUGCCGGCACGGAGGCCGUUUACAACGCACCAGACGGAAGUGUGCCAAGGUUUUGGUCCUGCCGCUUCCGGUCCGGGUAAAGGCUGCUGAGGUACGCUGCAUGGUCUCUGUCUUGCCGGGACAGCCUCCGGAGGGCAAGUUAGCAGGUCAGGAAGCUACCACCGGCGUCUGGAUUCAGAAGUGUGGAGUCUUGUGAGAAGAUCGGGAAAAGCGACCAGGAACUUGAAUACGAUCUAACCUAUGUUUCCGAGGGGGUUACUUCCACGAGGAACUCAUCUGCCCUGGUAACGGCCAAAGAGGAGAUGGCGCCAGUCAGGGAGCGGCCGUGGCCGACACAGUGAGGAAGCGCGAGGGCGGAGCAACCGGAGGAGCCUCGGGAGAAGAGCCAGAGCCGUCGCUGCCGCCACCACCUCUACCACCAUGGAAGGAGCAAAGCCGACACUGCAGCUCGUGUACCAGGCAGUGCAGGCGCUGUACCACGACCCAGAUCCCAGCGGAAAGGAGCGCGCCUCGUUUUGGCUUGGGGAGCUGCAGCGUUCGGUUCAUGCAUGGGAGAUUUCAGACCAGUUGUUACAGAUCCGGCAAGAUGUAGAAUCAUGCUAUUUUGCUGCACAGACCAUGAAAAUGAAGAUUCAGACCUCAUUUUAUGAGCUCCCCACAGACUCUCAUGCCUCUUUACGGGACUCAUUACUAACUCAUAUCCAGAACUUGAAAGACUUGUCACCUGUUAUUGUAACGCAGCUGGCUUUAGCAAUAGCAGACCUUGCCCUACAGAUGCCUUCCUGGAAGGGAUGUGUACAGACAUUGGUGGAAAAAUAUAGCAAUGAUGUAACUUCUCUGCCUUUUCUGCUGGAGAUCCUUACAGUGUUACCUGAAGAAGUACACAGUCGUUCCUUACGAAUUGGAGCUAAUCGGCGUACAGAAAUUAUAGAAGAUUUGGCCUUCUAUUCUAGUACAGUAGUAUCUCUAUUGAUGACUUGUGUAGAAAAAGCAGGAACAGAUGAGAAAAUGCUUAUGAAGGUCUUUCGCUGUUUGGGAAGUUGGUUUAACUUAGGAGUUUUGGACAGUAACUUCAUGGCUAACAAUAAGUUACUAGCACUCCUUUUUGAGGUUUUGCAACAGGAUAAGACCUCAUCAAACCUACAUGAAGCUGCUUCAGACUGCGUGUGCUCAGCUCUCUAUGCCAUUGAGAAUGUGGAAACCAACUUGGCAUUAGCCAUGCAACUUUUUCAAGGCGUCCUGACAUUGGAGACAGCCUAUCAUAUGGCUGUGGCACGUGAAGAUUUAGAUAAAGUUCUGAAUUACUGCCGUAUUUUCACUGAACUUUGUGAAACUUUUCUUGAAAAAAUUGUUUGUACACCAGGCCAAGGCCUUGGGGACCUACGAACUCUGGAACUGCUUCUUAUCUGUGCAGGGCACCCUCAGUAUGAGGUAGUAGAAAUUUCCUUUAAUUUUUGGUACCGACUAGGGGAGCACUUGUACAAAACGAAUGAUGAAAUUAUUCAUGGCAUCUUCAAAGCUUACAUUCAAAGGCUGCUUCAUGCCUUGGCUCGCCACUGCCAGUUGGAACCAGAUCAUGAGGGCGUUCCUGAGGAGACUGAUGACUUUGGGGAGUUUCGGAUGCGGGUGUCAGACCUGGUGAAGGACUUGAUUUUCUUGAUUGGAUCUAUGGAGUGUUUUGCUCAGUUAUAUUCUACUCUGAAAGAAGGCAACCCACCCUGGGAGGUGACAGAAGCGGUUCUCUUUAUCAUGGCUGCUAUAGCAAAGAGUGUUGAUCCGGAGAACAAUCCAACACUCGUGGAGGUCCUAGAGGGAGUUGUCCGUCUCCCGGAGACUGUGCAUACAGCUGUGCGCUACACCAGCAUUGAGUUGGUUGGAGAGAUGAGCGAAGUGGUCGAUCGAAAUCCUCAGUUCCUUGACCCUGUGUUGGGCUAUUUGAUGAAAGGUCUGUGUGAAAAGCCUCUGGCUUCUGCUGCAGCGAAAGCAAUUCAUAACAUUUGCUCUGUUUGCCGAGACCACAUGGCUCAGCACUUCAAUGGACUCCUGGAGAUUGCCCGUUCCCUUGAUUCCUUCAUGUUGUCUCCAGAAGCUGCUGUGGGCUUGCUAAAAGGGACAGCACUUGUCCUAGCCAGAUUACCUUUGGAUAAGAUUACUGAAUGUCUUAGUGAACUAUGUUCUGUUCAAGUUUUGGCGUUGAAAAAGCUGUUGUCUCAGGAGCCCAGCAAUGGCAUAUCCUCAGAUCCCACUGUGUUCUUAGAUCGCCUUGCAGUCAUAUUUAGACACACCAAUCCUGUUGUGGAAAAUGGACAGACUCAUCCGUGCCAAAAAGUCAUACAGGAAAUAUGGCCAAUUUUAUCUGAGACUCUAAAUAAGCACCGUGCUGAUAAUCGGAUUGUAGAGCGUUGUUGCCGGUGCCUCCGUUUUGCUGUUCGCUGUGUAGGCAAAGGAUCCGCGGCCCUGCUGCAGCCACUAGUCACACAGAUGGUAAAUGUUUACCAGGUACAUCAGCAUUCCUGUUUCCUGUACCUUGGUAGUAUCCUUGUGGAUGAAUAUGGCAUGGAAGAGGGCUGUCGGCAGGGACUACUAGACAUGCUCCAGGCACUGUGCAUCCCUACCUUUCAGCUCUUAGAACAGCAGAAUGGACUCCAGAAUCACCCUGACACAGUGGAUGACCUAUUCAGGCUAGCCACGAGGUUUAUUCAGCGUAGCCCUGUUACCUUGCUGAGGAGCCAAGUUGUUAUCCCUAUCUUACAGUGGGCCAUUGCCUCUACUACCCUGGACCACCGGGAUGCCAACUGUAGUGUCAUGAGGUUCCUCCGAGACCUCAUCCAUACAGGGGUAGCCAAUGAUCAUGAAGAAGACUUUGAAUUACGGAAAGAACUAAUUGGACAGGUGAUGAACCAACUUGGACAGCAGCUUGUAAGCCAGCUGCUUCACACAUGCUGCUUCUGCCUCCCCCCGUAUACCCUACCCGAUGUGGCUGAAGUGCUCUGGGAGAUCAUGCAGGUUGACAGACCGACUUUUUGUCGAUGGUUAGAGAAUUCUUUGAAAGGUUUGCCAAAGGAGACAACAGGGGGAGCCGUCACAGUGACACACAAACAACUUACAGAUUUCCACAAACAAGUCACUAGUGCUGAGGAAUGUAAACAAGUUUGCUGGGCCUUGCGAGACUUCACCAGGUUGUUUCGAUAGCUCACACUCCUGUACCGUGCCUGUCACCCAGGAAUGUCUUUUUUAAUUAGAAGACAGGAAGAAAACAAAAACCAGACUGUGUCCCACAAUCAGAAACCUCCAUUGUGGCAGAGGGGCCUUCACCGCCACCAGGGCAUCCCGCCAGACAGGGAAAGACUCCAGCCUUCAAGGCCACCCUGAGGAGUUCCUGUUUGGGGAUGUGAGGGAGAAUCAGCGCUGUUUAGAGAGAUGGCUGUGGCCUGUCCGGCGUGGUGGGAGGGGAGCUGGUUUCCUGGUGAACUUGUUUCUAAAAGGAAAAAUAAUUUUAAGGAAAUAAAAAAGAAAAAAAAAAAAAGGAAAACUAAACUGAAACUACAAUUGAAACAUUCUCCUGGUAGCAAAUGACUGCACACAUACAUACAUGCAUCUACACCUACACAUGCUAGCAUGCAUGUGUGCACACAGAAAAAUAAAAUUACAAAACUUUCUGUGAAACAAAAACAUUUACUUAGGGAAGAUGGGAAUUCAAAUGAAUUAAACAACUGCAAUUAGAAGGAAAGGGUCAGGAUCUUCUCUUAAGUUUUUCUUUUGUCCUUUCCUUCUCUCCUCCCUCGCUUCUUUUCCUUUCCCUUUCCUCUUUUAAUGAAAGUGAGUCUCCUCGUGUCCCAACUCAUGUCUGGUCCCAACUGUUUAUUCUCACCUUUAGAGUUGUUCACAUAAGGAGAAGUAAGCAAGGAACCUGUUCUGCUUUUUAUCAUGGUCAUAUCAAUGAUAUUAGGACCUGCCAGGGCCAAAAUUCAUGUUUACCCCAACUCUGACCCUAUUCAGUCUCUUUAAGUCCACUUCCAAUCUACCUUGGGUUGUCAUCUUUGGAGAGAAGAGCCAAAAUCAGGGUGAGCGGAAUACAAAUACUUUUUAAGUUUUUUUUCCUUUUCAGUUAAUUUUUUACCCAUAGACUUGAGAGAGGAGAACAGAAGGUGGGAGAAUGGACAAAUGUGUUUACAGGGCUAACCAUAUUACUAAAAGAUGUGAAAAUUGUUGACUUGAUGGGGGUGAGGCAGGAGAGGAAAGCUGAGGCAAGCCCUGAUGCUUUACAGGAAUCGUGGCCCUGACAGGCGCUAGGCACGAGGACAUGUUCUGUCUGCUGGUGUCGCCACCUCAAGAACAAAUCAACAGCAACAAAAGGAAAAAAACAACAAUAAAUUUUUAAAAUUUAA